AAAAGGGGGAUUUUCCGCCAUCACCGGGACUACAAGCCCCAGCAUGCUUUGGGUAACCCGGGGCGGUAAUGGCGGCGGCAGCGCCUGCGCAUUGCGGUCUCCGUGCGGACCGCGCAGAGUGAAUAAUAAAGCUCUCCUCCUCGGUGGUAGCGGGCGGCGGAGGAGGGAGCGGAGGGCAGGAGCAUGUCGAAGGGCCCGGUAGGGACCGGCCCUCCUGCGACCGGGCCGGUGGCGGCCGCCAGCACGCUCCAAGCGCAGCCCGAGAAGCCGCAGCACUACACAUACCUGAAGGAAUUCCGCACAGAGCAGUGUCCCCUGUUUGUGCAGCACAAAUGUACUCAGCACAGGCCCUACACAUGCUUCCACUGGCACUUUGUUAACCAGCGUCGUCGCCGAUCUAUCCGCCGUCGGGAUGGCACCUUUAACUAUAGCCCUGACAUUUACUGCACCAAAUACGAUGAGACCACAGGGAUCUGCCCUGAAGGAGAUGAGUGUCCAUUCCUGCAUAGAACUACCGGUGAUACAGAACGGAGAUACCAUUUGCGCUACUACAAAACUGGAAUUUGCAUCCAUGAGACUGAUUCAAAAGGAAAUUGCACCAAGAAUGGCCUUCAUUGUGCUUUUGCUCAUGGACCACAUGACCUACGUUCUCCAGUUUAUGAUAUUAGGGAGCUUCAGGCCAUGGAAGCUUUGCAGAAUGGUCAGACUACAUCAGAAAGUGGCAUAGAAUGUCAGUCUGCAGUUGCUGCUAGCCAUGCUAUGAUAGAAAAAAUACUCAGUGAAGAGCCAAGAUGGCAAGACACAACUUAUGUUUUGGGAAACUACAAAACAGAACAGUGUAAGAAGCCCCCACGCCUCUGUCGCCAAGGUUAUGCCUGUCCUUAUUAUCAUAAUAGCAAAGAUAGAAGAAGGAGUCCUAGAAAACACAAAUACAGAUCCUCCCCAUGUCCUAGCGUGAAACAUGGAGAUGAAUGGGGAGAUCCUAGUAAGUGUGACAAUGGAGAUGCAUGCCAGUACUGUCACACCCGUACAGAGCAACAGUUUCACCCAGAGAUCUACAAAUCAACAAAAUGUAAUGAUAUGCAGCAGUCUGGCAGCUGUCCCAGGGGACCCUUCUGUGCCUUCGCACAUGUAGAACAACCUCCACUUAGUGAAGAUUUACAGCCAACAUCGGCUGUCUCUAGCCCAACGCAAGCUGGUCCUGUAAUGUACAUGCCCUCAGCAGCAGGCGAUUCUGUUCCUGUCAGCCCUUCUAGUCCACAAGCCCCAGACCUUAGCAAUGUAUGGAAUAAACCAGGAACUCUACCAACUAGCCCUACUUCUACUACAAUCCUCUGUAGAAAUAGCAGUCUUGGAAGCCCAUCUAAUUUAUGUGGAUCCCCUCCUGGUGCAAUUGGAAAACCCCAUAGUUUGGAAAGCAUAGGUUUCCCCACAGAUUCAGUAACUACUACAAGUAGCUAUAAGAAGGCACCUGGAUUUGAACGGGAAGACCUGGUUGGAGCAGAGUAUCUAAAGAAUUUCAAAUGCCAACAGGCAAAAAUCAAAUCCCAUUCCAUGGAACAUAGAACCCAAGAACAACCUCUGUUACAACCCAAGCAGGAUAUAUUAGGGAUUCUUCCAGUUGGCAGUCCACUGACAUCUAGCAUCUCCUCUAGCAUUACUUCUAGUUUGGCAGCAACACCACCAAGUCCAGCAGGCACCAGCAGUAUACCAGGCAUGAAUGCCAAUGCCCUUCCUUUCUACCCAACUAGUGACACUGUGGAGUCCGUGAUAGAGUCUGCCUUGGAUGACCUGGACCUGAACGAAUUCGGAGUGGCUGCCCUGGAGAAGACAUUUGACAGCAGCUCGGUGCCCCACACGAGUGGCAUCAUGAUAGGUGGGAGUUUGCUGCAAAGUUCUGCUCCUGUAAAUAUCCCUGGGUCCCUUGGAAGUUCUGCCUCCUUUCACUCUGCCUCUCCUUCUCCACCGGUCAGCUUAUCAUCGCAUUUCCUCCAUCAGUCUCAGGGACACUUAAGCCAAUCAGAAAAUACUUUCCUGGGGACAUCAGCUUCUCAUGGAUCAUUAGGUUUAAAUGGAAUGAACAGCAGCAUAUGGGAGCAUUUUGCUUCAGGAAGUUUUUCACCCAGUACUUCACCUGCAUUUCUGUCAGGUCCAGGUGCUGCUGAACUGGCCAGGUUGCGGCAAGAAUUAGACGAAGCUAACAGCACGAUAAAACAGUGGGAAGAUUCUUGGAAACAAGCCAAACAGGCCUGUGAUGCGUGGAAAAAAGAAGCGGAGGAAGCUAGUGAUCGUGCAAGUACAGCAACCGUAGAAUGUGAGUUAGCCCGGGAGCAGAGAGAGACCUUGGAACUGCAAGUCAAGAAACUCCAGGAAGAAAUUGAGCGGAUCCAUACUGGCCAGGACCCCCAGUUCCUGCGCUCAUUCUCUGAUUUAGAGAAUCUCUCCUUGUCCACACUCUAUAAUCUCCAAAAACAGUUGCGUGCCAAUUUAGAAAGAGUUGAUAAGGCAGUGUUUCAGAUGCAGUCGGUGAAAUGCCUCAAGUGCCAGGAAGAGAACCGGGUGGUACUACCGUGCCAACACACUGUGCUGUGUGAAACAUGUGCCGAGGAGGGUGAAUGUCCCAUCUGCCAUCCCAACAGGCCACAUGCUCUCCAGUCGUGACUGUACUAGGACAUUUGUUUAGCAUAUCACAUAGAAUUUUUAAACUUUUUCAUUCAUAUAUAUAUAUAUAUAUAUAUAUAUAUAUAUAUAUAUAUAUAUAU